CACCCCGGUCUUUCUCACUCUCUCUGCACUCUGCUACAGCUCCUUAUCCUCACGACCCUCUUCUAAACCCUUUCCUCUCGUUUCUUUCUCUCUAAACCAAAAAUGACUACCUUCAAGCCUUUAUCAAUGGCAGACUCAUGUCUUUUAUCUCUUCCUUCAAUCUUUACAUCGAAACCACCUUAUCUAUCUCUAUCUGUUCCAUCUAGACCACCCAUUAAGCUUCACAUAACCCAAUCUUAUUCUUCUCUCAAAUCCAAAACCCAUUUCUCUUCUCUUGUUCCUUUAGUAGCCCAGACUUCAGAUUGGGCUCAACAAGAGGAAAAUGAUGCUACCGUCACUCUAGCAGAAUCUGAGCAAGAACAAGAAUGGGAGGGUCAAGAAAGUGAAACUGAAACUGAAGCUAGAGUUUCUGAUUGGGAUUCUGAAGGAGAAAGUGCUGCAGUUGAUGGUCAAGGAGAAGAAGAAGAAGAGGUUUUUGAGGGGUCUGAACCUGAGGAGGCUUUCGAGGAACCACCGGAGGAUGCUAAGAUUUUUGUCGGUAAUUUGCCUUAUGAUGUUGAUAGUCAAAAAUUGGCUAUGUUGUUUGAGCAGGCUGGUACUGUUGAAAUUGCAGAGGUUAUUUACAACAGGGAAACUGAUACUAGUCGUGGAUUUGGGUUUGUGAGUAUGAGUACUGUUGAGGAAGCAGAGAAGGCUGUGGAGAUGUUUCAUCGUCAUGAUUUAGAUGGAAGGCUGUUGACUGUAAACAAGGCCGCCCCUAGAGGAUCAAGGCCGGAACGUCCCCCUCGUGUGUUUGAACCAGGGUACAGAAUCUAUGUGGGUAACCUGCCUUGGGAUGUAGAUAAUGCUCGUCUGGAGCAAAUUUUUAGCGAACAUGGUAAGGUGGUGGAUGCUCGUGUAGUUUAUGACAGGGAUACUGGCCGUUCACGCGGUUUUGGCUUUGUAACUAUGUCCACUGAGACUGAGUUGAACGAUGCCAUUGCUGCUCUAGAUGGACGGUCUCUUGAUGGGAGGGCAAUUAGGGUCAAUGUUGCUGAACAAAGACCAAGGCGCAACUUUUGAUGUGAUAUGAUUUAGAUACAAAUUUCAUCAGUAUUACUGUUUUUCUCCUCCCUCUUUUUCUUGUCUUUUUCAUGAGUGAAGUCUAUAGUAUUCAAAUUUUUUGUUAGCUAGUUGUAUGGAAGAUUUUCAUUAGAAGAUGUGAAGCUGUUCAAAGAUUGCUUCACUUGUUAUUAAAAAUUUGUUGCUCAGGUUGACAGCAGAGUAUAAUUCUUGAGAGAACUCUAGUAAUUUCUUA